AUGGUGAACAAACUCGCUAUCAUUGAUUUCCUGAAGGAAAGUCAACUGCCAAAACUUCUUCUAGGUGAUCUGACUCCCUCCAUCAUCGACACCUGGCAGACCACCUGCGAACACCAUUUUCAGAAGGCCAACCUUGCAGAGGAACUCCAGGCCCGUCUUAAUGCCUUCACCUUCAAAGACUUCCUUCUCAAAGUCCACGUGACUUACCUUCCCCGUGACUGGGAUAGCAAUAUCUGUGAUGAGGCUAAAGCGGUGAUCAUUUCUCGCACUCUUCUUGCUCUCGACAAAGUCGAAUUGCAUAUCCAGCUCCACACUGGAGUAAACUCUCACCUCAAAUGCAAGUUGAACUCCUCUCACCAUGCUAAGGAACUCAAGGAUAUCUUACUGUUCUCGCAGUGGCUCCUUGCUGUCAAACAGAUUGACGAAGACCUCCAUGAAGAAGACGAUCACGUCGCAUCUGCUGUCACUAAAGAAUGUGUGAAGUACAAUGCCUGUUCCACCAAUGCCAAGUGUCAAGCGGACACUAAUGCUGAUGGUCAGUCUAAACAUCUGAAGGCCCUCACUAACGACGAGCACCGUGUACUCCUGAAAUACAAUGGCUGUUUCAAAUGUUGUCUCCCCAAGCAGGACCAUCAGAGCUCUGACUGCACUAAUAGUUACCCCGAUCCUGAAAUGUAUAUCCCAAUCUCUGAGGACAAUAUCCAGGAUCAGAUCAAGGCUGUCCUUGCCGAGAAGGCCACCAAGGCAAAACUCUCUGCAACCAUUCUUGUUGGCGAUGAACAUGCUGAUGAGCCUGCCUACAUCACCGCAGUCUUCCCCCAGUCCACAUCACUUGGCAAUGGGACUGACUCCGAUUUGGAUGAGUACAUUCCUGUAUUCUCUUCACCCAAUCUCUAUUGGUCUUGUCUUAUCGACAGACCACAUCUCAAGUUCUCUCUGCCCAUUAAAACACUCAUUGACGACAGGUCUCAUGCAGUUCUCAUUGACGAAUCCCUUGUAUGCCAACUUGGUCUUCAUCAGCAACCAUUACACAAGCCCAUCUCAUCUAACAUCGCCUUCCAAAAGGAUGGAGAUUCAUCAGCAGAGCUUUCUCUUUCUUCACACUGGGUCAAACUUAAACUCCAUUCCAUCGAUCAGUCCUUCCACUCCCUUGUUGUCCCCGCUCUUGUCAUGCCAAACUUGUCUGUACCUGUAAUACUAGGUCUACCAUUUCUUCAAUGCAACAAGAUUGUUGUUGACUCUUCCAAACGAACUGCAGUACACAAAUCGUCCAGCUACAAUCUUCUUGCUUCCAGCGGAUCCCCCACAUGUCCAUCUAUUCCAAUUCACAAAUUGUCCACACCUCAACAGAGAUCGCAUGUGGUGGCAGCCACGAUGACAAUGAUCGAUGAAUUGCGACAACGCUUACUUUCACAUAAGGCUGAUGUGGACCAUUGCUGUGAGACACCCUUACAGCCGCAUUCGCUCCCCUUCAUCCGCACUGCAAUUGAGAAGCUCGCUAAUGAACAAUGCUUGCUUGACCUCGACGCAUCAUUCAAACACCAGUUUUCAGACCGUUUUCCUGAGGACACCCCACCACUCACUGACCUUCCUACCGACGUGUAUCAUCGUUUCCUCUUCAAGGAUCCACAUAAGGUCAUUUUCUCCCAUUUCUAUGGCUGUUCCAAGAAGUAUCAUGAGGCCUGGCAAACCUUACUCACACAACACUUAGAUGCAGGAUGGAUGUGCCCCUCCUCUAGAGAGUACGCCGCACCUGCCUUCAUUAUUCCAAAAUCAGAUCCCACUGCUCUUCCCCAGUGGGUGAAUGAUUAUCGGAAAUUGAAUGAAAACACUAUCUCUGAUCAUUUUCCCCUCCCCCUCAUCAACGAUAUACUAUUCGACUGCGCGAAAGAGAACAUCUGGGGUAAGAUCGACAUGACAAAUGCCUUCUACCAGACAUGCAUACAUCCCAAUGAUGUAAAGUACACUGCUGUUCACAUAUCAUUCGGGUUGUAUGAGUGGCUCAUUAUGUCGCAAGGCUGUCGAAAUGCCCCAUCUACACAUCAAUGCAGGAUGACAGCAGCACUACGUCAACACAUUGGCAAAAUUUGUCAUGUCUACCUCAACAAUAUCAUCAUUUGGUCGCAGAACACCGAGGAACAUGAGCAUAAUGUCACCACCAUUCUCAAUGCCCUCCGAGAUGCUCACCUCUUCUGUUCCAUCAAAAAGACAUCUCUUUUUUGCACAGAAAUUGACUUCCUCGAACAUCACAUCUCGGCCCGAGGAAUUGAAGCUAAUGUGUCUAAGGUCAAACAAAUAUUGAACUGGCCAGUUCCUUGUUCUGCCAAGGAUGUUCAUUUCUUCCUCGGCCUUGUUCAUUAUAUCUCUGUGUUUUUGCCCCAACUCACUGCCCACACCUCCAUACUCACACCACUCACUAUGAAGUCUGCUGAGAAACUCUUCCCUGCCUGGGAACAGAGGCACCAACUCGCAUUUGAAGCUAUGAAGGAACUUGUUCUUAGCCAUGAAUGUCUCACCACCAUAGAUCACAACAAUCUCAGUCAGAACAAGAUCUUCCUGACUACUGAUGCCAGUGAAUGGGGGACUGGUGCUGUGCUCUCUGUUGGACCCUCUUGGAUGCUCUCUCACCCUGUUGCCUUUGAUUCCAUGCAAAUCUCUGGUGCGGCAUCAUGA